AUGUCUACUGGCGCGAUCAGCAACCCUCCCGCCGCAGCUCCAGCCGAGUCGAAGAGCGCGCGCAAGAAGAAGGCCAAGGCUGACGCCGCUGCUGCAGCUGCAGCUGCUGCUUCCCCAUCCACUCCUACCGCUGAGCCUCAGACCCCUCUUGAUGGUCCCGCGAAUGGAUCUGAGGACUCCGAGAAUGCAUUCAUCAGAGAGUGUCAGAAGUCUCUCCGUAAUGUGAACAAGAAGCUUAACGCUAUGGAGAAGCUCAACAACGUGGUCAAGGAGAACCCUGGUAUCUCCCUUGAUGACCUUGUCGCAUCUCGCAAGAUCAACAACGACCAGAAGAACCAGGCUCUCAAGAAGCCGGAGCUUGAGAAGCAGAAGCAACAGCUGGAGGAGCAACUCGCACAGUACAAGAAGUUCAGUGAGGACUUCCAGCAGAAGUUCGCCCGCGAGAAGGAGCAGAUCGAGGCCGGACACACCGAGAAGCUCAAGGAGCUGGAGCAGACAAUCAGGGCGGACGAAGAAGCUAAGGCUCAGAAGAUUCAGAAGCAGCGUCUGCUGACCUUCUCCCGCUUCCUGAGGGCUGCGGCCGCCAGGCGUCAGCAAGAGGAGGAGGCUGAAUCCGAGCUGUCCAAGGCUUUUGAGGGUGCGCUGUUGCUGGUGUAUGGUGGUGAUGCCAACGCUGUCAACGCCGCUGAGAAGCUGAUCGAUGGUUCCGACGAAAAGGUGUUCUCUACCGAGGGUGUCCAGCUGGAGGUGACCUAUGCCCAAGUGAAGCAAACGGCUCUCGAGGACGCGCCGUUCGCCACGGAGGAAGCUUGGGUCGAUGAUGUCGCUCAGGCUGAGCCUGCCCCGCCUGAGGUCCAGUCUGAUGCGAUCCCAGCCACGGACCCAACGAUUGCCAACGCUGGCAUGACGGAGCUUGAUGCUACUGCCCCUGCGGCUACUGGUGGAGCCGAAGAGACAGAGACCUCCGCCGCACCCCCCGCUGCUAGCGUUGACGAUGCUGCUGCUAACGCUGCCGCUGCGGAGCAGUGGGAUACGAAGGCUCCUGGUGCGGAAGACCCUCUCACUGAGAGCUUCGAGAUGGUCCCUCGUGACCCUGCUGAGACUGAGGCCGUCCACGAGCCUGCUCCUGCUGCCAGCACCCAGAGCUGGGCUGAGGAGCCUUCCACUGCUCCUGCUGCCACUGAGUCAACCCCUGCCCCCAACGGUGAUGGCUUCCAGGAAGUUCCCUCUAACCGCGGUGGCCGUGGUAGGGGCGGUUUCCAGGGCGAACGUAGGGGCGGUUACCGUGGUCGUGGCCGCGGUGAUGGCAGAGGUCGUGGCGGUUUCCGCGGCGACCGUGGCAGGGGUGGAAGAGGCGGUCGCGGUCCCCGCACUGACUCGCAGGGACACGGUCAGCCUCAAGCUCAAGCCCAGUAA